UGUCAACAUGGUCAUAUUAUGGAUGGUAUUGGUUUUUCUCCAUGACGGCUAUUCUCUGGUUCCAGUGAAAACCGCUCAUCUUGGUGAAGCAGCAGCUUUAACAUGUGCUAGAACUACUAAAGAGAUCAGCAGUAGAGUCCAGUGGUACAAGCAGAGUGUCGGAGAUGCUCUUAAAUUAGUUGUUACAUUUUAUGGAACUACACAACCUGUUUAUACUCCAGAGUUUCCUGAAUCAAGAUUUGAGGCUAGAAUUGAUAAACAUUUUGGCAACCUGACGAUUGUGAAGACGGUCCAAGAAGAUGAGGGCUACUAUCACUGUGAGCAAGGCAGUUGUGUUAGUGGUGAAUGGAGCGGGAUGUAUUUGUUAGUAAAAGGAAACACUCAGAGGUCAUCAAACUAUAUCGUUGUCCAAAAGCAGAUGGAAUCAAAUCCAGUCUAUUCAGGAGACACAGCGACUCUCGAGUGUUCAGUCUUCUCCGAUUCUGAGAACAAGACGUGUCCAGGAGAUCAUAAUGUUUUCUGGUUCAGAGCGGGAUCUCAUCCAAACAUCAUCUACACUGACGGGAAAAGACAUAAUGAAUAUGAGAACAGAUCUAACCCUCAGAAAAGAUGUGUUUAUCGCUUCUCUAAGAGCGUCAGCUCCUCUGAUGCUGGGACUUACUACUGCGCUGUGGCCGCAUGUGGGGAAAUAAUAUCUGGAAAUGGAACUACACUUAAUAUUCAAGAGCAAACAACACAACCAGUAUUUAUUCAAAUGACAAUAUUAAUAGCCUGUUUGGCUGUUUCUGUUAUUGGAAACGUUUUCUUCAUCUGCAACCGAAGGAUAUGUAAAAAAUGUAAAGGAAUAGGAAAUGCUGUAUCGAAAGUACAAACUGACAACUUGCACCAACCAACUGAAGCUAAUGAUGAAAUAAACUAUGCUGCACUGAAUUUUUCUGCUAGAGAAACAAGAGCGAGAAGGGCAGAGUUUGCUGAGAACCGUGUGCUCUCUAUGUUGAGUUGAAUGCUAAAGGAAAUGUUGAGCAUGUCCUGAAUUUUAAAAUAAACCUCACAUUGUGUUACAGAUCCCAUGCCU